AUGAGGCAACGACUGUCUGAGAAGUGGUGUUAGUUCCUAGAGGUAUUGGAAGCAAGUUGCAUUCCAGUACUUCUGGCCAACGAUUGGGAGUUGCCGUUCUCGGAGGUCAUCGACUGGAGUAAAGCGGCUGUUGUAGCAGACGAGCGGACGCUCUCGCGGUUGCCUGACUUGCUGCGCAACUUCCCCGACAGCCAAAUAGUCAAAAUGCGGGAGCAGGUGCGCUUCAUCUGGAACAGUUACUUUUGCUCCGUUGAUGCUAUCGUCCAUGCCACCCUCAUGUCUAUUCGUGACCGUUUGACGUUGCGCCAGAAGAAUUACGAUCUCUGGAAUAGAAGACCAGGUGGUGUAUUAUUCUCCGAGUCGACUACCAUCAACGGUUGCGAGUAUCCAUCACCUAGUCUUCCUGUGAAGUGCCAAGAUGAAAUAAACAAGGGCUUUACUUUGGUGGUUACAAUUCGUCACCCAUUUUGUACAGACUUUAUGAAGCUCUUGAGGAAACUUGCCUCUGUGUUCAUGCGAUCUCGACACCUCAAAAAGGUUAUCAUAGUAUGGCAGUGCAGCAAUCAACUACCGCUCUCUUCGGAAAAGCUCUCGGCGGAAAUGUUCAAUGGUCUGCCUGUCUCCCUCUCUUUUGCAUCGCUACCCAAGGUCUCGUCACCUACUACCUCUGUAACCCCUUCUCCUUCUAAUCGUUUUCUGCCCGCUCACAAAGACAUUCCUACUGUUGCUGUUUGGAGUGCUGAAUUGGAUGUUGCCGAUUCUUUGGAUCUGCAUCAAAUUGAUGCUGCCUAUGCAUUGUGGCUGCAACACCCGCAUCGCCUUGUCGGAUUCACCGCUCGUACACACAUCUGGGAUAACAAGAUAGGCUCCUGGAACUACUCUGUCAAUGCUUCUUCCUACGGCAGCUUCUCGAUGGUCCUCCUCAAUGCGGCAGUUUACCAUAGAUACUACCACACAUUGUAUUGGCGACUGACAACACCCAAGAUGCAGGAGACUAUCGACACCUUGGCUACAGGUGAAGACAUUCUUUUCAACUGCGUGGUGGGCUACGCAACUCAGUCGGCUCCGCUCCUCUUGACUAUCGAGGGAUCACGCCCCACAAUGUCCUCAGAGGCUUCUAGUGAGCUAGUUAACUACAUGGGUGGGUCGACUUUGGACGCCAAUCAGCGCUCUCAAAUCACACCGAAUGUAGUACUGUCAUAUCGACACACAUGUCUGCGAGCCUUUGCCAACCACUUCAUACCCCUUCACAAUACAGCCUUCCUCAACCCUCAGACUGGACGGCACUUUGGUCUCGUGAACUCCACAAAUGGUUCUUUCCUUCCUCUCUAUCAUAGCAACCUU